AUGGACCACCACAGCCUCGCCAAUCACCGCCCGCACAACGCGCACCCCACCCCCGCAUCCGGCUCCUCGUCUUCCGCAUCCACCACCGCUGCCGACGCCGACGCACCACCCAACCGCAAGCGCAAGCGCCUCUCGCACGCCUGCCAGGCCUGCCGCGCCCGCAAGGUGCGCUGCGACGAGUCCCUCCCCGCCUGCCGCAACUGCGUACGCGCACAGAUCCAAUGCAUCACCACAGACCCGCGCAGGCCCCACCUCGCCUCCGUCAGCCGCACACGCGCACGCUCACGCUCCCCGCACCACGCCCACGCCAGUCCAGCCUCUCAGCCGUCAUCGUCGUCGUCGUCGUCUCAGCGCCAGCAGCAGCAGCAGCAGCAGCAGCAGCAGCCCAACGCCAACCGCCACCAUCUUCCGCGCCCUCCCUUCGACAACCACCGCCGCACCUCGUCACACGCCGCCGCUGCUGCUGCUGCACAGUAUCCACCACCACUCCUGCCACCACCACCUCUGCCACCACCCUCUCUGCCUUCGCGUCCACACCCUUCCCACCCCGACCACGACCCCACUCGCCCACUGCAGAGGCACUUUUCCACCAACACCCAGCUCUCGGCCAGCGCAGCCUCACCCGCCAGCACCCAUCACACCUCGCCCCACUCGGCCGCUCCGGACCCAAACGACCUCGUCGGAAACGCCCUCGGCGGCGCCUCCACCAAGCUCAUCUCCGACUCGCUCGCACAGGACCGCUUCAAGUACCUCGGCCCAUCCAACCUCCAGGUCUUUUCCCGCUGGAUCGACCUCCUCCUCGUCCGGCUCAACGGAUCCACCGCACGCCAACCAAACGCCCUCUUCCAGCACUUUGAGCACGGUCGCAUCCACUCCGAAGAGCACCACCCCCCCUCGCCCCUCAUCGCCCCGCUCCCCGCGCUCUCGCCCCUUCGCACCUUUGACGACUGCCUCGACGACUUCCUCGACGGGCCAAACGCUCUCUUCCCCAUCCUCGAGCCCGUCUCGUUCCGCCAAGAGGCCCACCGCGCCAUCCGCCACCUCCACCUCGACCGCGCCGCACCGCGGAUCGACCCCAUCUCGCCCUACCAGAUACCCCUGCUCGCCAGCAUCUACCUCGUCACCGCUCUCGCCCUCCUCGAGCUGCCCCAGCCAAACGACGCCGAACGCUACCUCGCGGCCGCCUACUCGCUCUACGGCCACAUUGUCGGCGUGCCUUACCUCUCAUCGGUGCAGGCCAUGCUCCUCCUCCACCUCACCCUCCGCGCCAAGAACAAGGACGGCGCCGCCUGGCAGGCCCUCGGUCAGGCCAUCCGCAUCGCCUACUCGAUCGGCCUUCAUCGCGCCUUUCACCAUCAUCACCUUCACCCGCCCGCCGCCGCACCACCACCGCCGCACGCCCCUCACCAGGUCGCUCCGGCAGCCUCAGCCUCGUCGUCGUCGUCGUCGUCGUCGUCGUCGUCCGGACAGCGUCGCCGCCCCUCGUCGCAGCCGCUCCAACCGGACCACGCCACGGCCGCCGUGCUCGACGCCUUCAAGGCGAGGCUGUGGUGGUGCUGCUAUGCGCUCGACAAGGUCUCGACGCUCGACUCGGGUCGGCCGACGAUGAUCCACGACGGCGACGUCGGCCUGCCGCUGCCGCAGUUCAGAGGCCCGCCACCCGAAGGGGGCGGCAGGGGCGGCGCCGACGGCGGCGGCGGCGGCAGCAGCAGCAAUUACAACAAUAGCAACAGCCACACCAGCAGCGACGCUAGGGGCCGUGACGGCAGCAAGGCUGCUCGAAGAUCCGCCGUGCGCGACCAGGACGCCAACUACUUUGCUUCUCUUGUGGCCCUCUGCCGCCUGCAGGGCGAGAUCCACGACGCACUCUACACGUCGCACCUCGGCCCCCACUUUGGCGAGGCGGACCUGUUUGCCAACCUGGCCCGGCUCGACCAGCAGCUCGUCGACUGGCACCAGGACCUCGUCCACGCGAUGGGGCUGCCCACCGGUGGCGGCGACGAGGGCGUGCUGGGCGCCUCGACGCGCAGGGCCGACCUCCAGGUGCUCUUCCUCCUGACCUUGUAUCAUUUUACGCUGAUUAGCAUGCAUCGGGCCUCGGUCAUGCUCGAUACGGCCCUGUACCGCCACCACGUCACGCUGCACCUGCCGCCUCCCUCCCAUGGGCGGCUGGUGGCUGCCGAGGCCAUCUGCAAGUCGUCUGCGCGCUCGAUUAUCCGGCUGCUGAGCCAGUACCGCUCCCUCUACCGGUCGCGGAGCGCGCGGCAGGUGAGCGGCACGGUGCCGCUGGCGGCCGUUUACGUGCUGGCCAUCUGCGUGGUCAAGCACCCGCACGACUAUACCGUGGUGUCGGACCUGGGCCUGAUCCAGAGCAUCGGCCGCACCGUCGAGGCCGACUACACCAACGACGGCAUGCCCGCCGGCUUUACGGGCAUCGUGGGUGCCCUCACCCGCCUGGCGGAGCGGUGCAUUGGCAUGGUGGGGAGCCGCGAGGGCAGCCCUGCGCCCGGGGCUUACUCGCACCCGAACGACUUUUCCGGCGAUGUCGGACGCUCAACUGCGACGGCGGCAGCGACUGCGGCGACGAGGGAUCACUCUGCGUCGUCGUCAUGCGGGGCGGCUGCUGUGCAUCCGAUGGGCGGCGGUGUCGAUGGCCAUGCUCCGUUACCACACGAUGGACCACCAUCAGCAGCAGCAGCAGCAGCACCACCACCACCGCCACCAAUGCCGCCGGCGCCGCCGCUCGCUGCUGCUGGACAUGCGGGCAGCGGCGAUGCGGGCGAGGGCAUGAUGGAAGGCGAUCUUGCGACCUCGCUGCCACAGGUCAACCUGGAACCCUUCUGGCGCUCGCUGGGGUUCGGGCAGGUGUCGCAGCCGCUCCAGUACCCGCCAGCGUACGAGGGCACACCAUUCGCACCGCACGCACCGCCGCCGCCGCCGCACCUGCCCGACGUGGUGAAUGGCGGUGGCGUCGGCGAGGGAGAAGGAGGAGGAGCGGGAGGGAUGACUACGGCAGGGAUGCCGACGAUGGACGACUUCUGGCAGCUGGACCUCGAGAACCCGGACGACUUGGUGUUUGCCACGCUCGGUCUGCCGGAUCUCAGCGCCUUUUUGCCGCCUGCUCCGAGCACGGCGGCUGCUGCGACGGGGACGGGGACGGGACAGGAAGAGGGGCAGGGUCGUUGA